AUGCAAAGAUCCACGACAGCUUCAGCAGAUGCCCAGCGAAUCUCCAGGAAAGAGACGUCGAGCAUUGACACCGAGAUCAAGCGCUUCAUCGCCAAGAAGGCCGAUCUGCUCUUCGCCCACGCCUGGAGGCCCAACGGGCCGUUCUGUGACACCAUCGAGGAGAAUGAGGAGUAUUACGCUGUCAUGCCUCCCCUGGAGCGGUUGUUCUUUCGGGACAUCGAGCGCGGCGAUAUCGUGUUUGGGAGGAUCACUUCUAUCCGUGAAUUUGGCUUCUUCAUGGUGCUGAUUUGUCUGGGAAGUGGCAUCAUACGGGAGAUAUCAGAUUUAGAAAUCAGUGCUCUUUGUCCCUUGAGAGAUGUUCCUCCUCAAAGCAACCAUGGAGAUCCUUUAUCUUAUUAUCAAAAUGGGGACCUUAUUCGAGCUGCAAUCAAGGAUGUUGAUCGUUACCAUGAGAAGCUCACAGUGUCACUUUACAGCUCAGCUCUUCCACCGAAUUUUUCCAGUACAAAACUGGGUGUAGUUACUUCUGAUGACCUCCCGCUACAUUAUAAGCGAAGUAUGGAAGUUGCUAACACAGGAGAGACAUUUGAGGAGGUUUUGCAUCGUUCCCCGGGCUUCGCUAAUCCAUCCUUAGUUGAAUAUCUAGCAGAAAAACUAGGACUAAGUGAAUCAAAUCCACCGUCUUUGCUGAGAAGCCUUCAAAUUAAAAACUUCAGUGAAGAAGAUUAUGCCCCUGCAUUGAGGAAAAAGCAGUCUGCAUCCUGGGCCUUGAAAUGUGUGAAGGCGGGGGUUGAUUAUUUUAAGGUUGGACGCCAUGUAGAAGCCAUGAAUGAGUACAACAAGGCUUUGGAAAUUGAUCCACAAAACGUUGAAGCUUUGGUAGCACGUGGAGCUCUGUAUGCAACAAAAGGAAGUCUGAACAAAGCCAUAGGUGAUUUUGAAAUUGCUUUAGAAAACUGUCCUACCCAUAGAAAUGCAAGAAAAUAUCUCUGUCAGACGCUUGUGGAAAGAGGCGGACAGUUGGAAGAGGAAGACAAACUAGUAAAUGCUGAGAAUUACUAUAAAAAAGCCUUAAGUUUGGAUGAGACAUUUCAGGAAGCACAAGAGGCCUUAACAAAGCUCCGUAAGCAUAUGCAGAAAUCUUUGGAAAUGAGGGAGAAACAAGCUGCCAAAGAAGCGAGACAGAAAGAAAAGAAAGUAGAAACAAGUGCAGAAAAAUUGCGUAAGCUCUUAAAAGAAGAAAAAAGGUUGAAGAAGAAAAGGAAAGUGUCAACUUCCUCCUCUUCAUCAUCAUCAUCAUCAAGUGAUUCUUCAUCAGAUGUCUCAAAUUCUUCCUCCUCCUCUUCCUCAGCUCACAAGAAACAUAGGAAAAAGCAUCGGAAGAGAUCUGCGUCUGCCCACAGCUCCAAAAAAUGCUCAUCUAGAGCUUCUUCUCAUUAUAAAGAUCAGAUAAAGAAAGAGGAGUGGUAUUUGCCUCCGGCUGAUACCUCUGCUUCCUUUCUUAACCAAAAUUUUGAAGUGGAAAAACUGCUGGAAAGGCAGGACAGCUUAGUGUGUCCCAAAAAAGAGGUAAAAGAGAAAGACAGACACUAUUCUUUUUCAAGGACUUCAGGUGAUGAUGAAGACACUUUUGGAGGUAGGUCUGAAGAUUCAAGAGAUUCUUACAGUAGCUCUAGAACUCUGCCAAGUAGUAGCAAAACUGAAAAAUAUGGUAAGACAGAUAGAUUUUUCUCCAGUUGGAGAGGAUCUUCAGGUUCUUAUCAUAAAUCAGAUGAUAAACCCAGGACACAUUAUUUUAGGACAUCAGAAAGGGAUGUAGAGUGGAGAAGAGAGCCAUUUAAAAAAUAUGGCUUGGGUCAAGACAGGUAUUCUGUGUCUCCAGCAGGGUCUGACUAUUCUGGCAAGUCAGUGGGAAAGCACAGAUCAUAUUCUAGUACCUGCGUACGUGAAGGUGAGAAAAGUUAUGACUGUGGUAGGCACAUGUUAAAUCAGCACAAAAAUGAAAGUGAGUAUAAGAGUAAGAGAAGUAGUUAUGAGGAGACACCUAAAACAAAGGAACCAGAUGAAGAAGUGUCUUGUAAUGACACAGCACAACCAGAAAGUGGCAUUAAAAGAAACCUGCCCCAAAACUUAGUUAACAUAUUCAAUCAAAUAGCUGAGUUUGAGAGGGAAAAAGGUAGUAAGCAAAAGAAACAGUGAAGUACCUAA